AUGCAGGAUAUGGUCGUGCGGGUCCUUGUGGUGGCUCUGGGCCUCCUGGCGCAUCUGAAGGAUGACCCCACUGUGGAACAUCUGGAUGAUGAAAUCCUGAAAGUGCACGAAAGGAAGCUGCUGACUGAAGCAGGCAAACUCAAACAGGAAGUGCCACCUACCGUUACGGAAACGACAGAGCUGAAGACCGUGGGGCAGCAGCAUGAUGUCCACAAGGAUUCCAAUUUAAGAGGUGCCAAGAAAGAGAACGUGCCACUCAUAGAAAACCACAAAGUCCAGAGCUCCAGAGGAAAGAGCCAAACUGCUGAUUUUAGGGAUAAACGUGGCUCACAAGGUCAGAGUGCAUCAGAGGCUGAAGAAUCUCCUAAACAUAACCAAAUGUGGUGUUCAGCCUUCACCGAGCUGGAUUAUCUCUGGUACAUUUGGAACUUGUCUAUCAUUUCGGUGAUCUAUUUCUUCAGGAAGUUCUCCCACAGCAACAAUCCCUCUGGAGCCACUGAGGUUCCUCUGCCCAACAGCACCACUCUGGAGCAGUUCCACACCCACUUUAUUCAAGUCCAGAAGUGGAGGAAGGAGGAGUUUCUGGAGGGAAUAGUUAGUGAUCUGUUGGAGUCCAUGAGGACCAUCUGUGAUGGAGGUCUGGAGAUCAGAGACUUUCAUAUGGUGGAGGGUUGGAAUGUCUUUGUCCCUUUUACUCCAGUGGAGCCGUUCAGGUUUGAUUGUCUGCUCCAGAACCAGACAGAUGACCUGCAGACAGCUUGUCAAAUCAAACUGGUUCAGAAUGAGAGACGCCAAAAUGGCUGCCCCUGUCAGAGGUUGGGCGCCGCAGAGGACACGGUCUGCCUGCUGCGCCAUGAGAACAAAGACGCACCGGCACACGUGGCCGAUGCAUGUAAUGGACUUUGUGUGAAGAACACGGCUUUCCUGUCCAGACUGCAGGUCACCAGAUGGUUUCAGAACAUCCUGAGACAAGCAUGGAUGCAGAUUUCCCACAAGUACCAGUUUGACAUCAUCAUUGCCCCAAACGCCAACAUGCCGAGCAAACUUGUGGUCAGAUUUACAUCUAGCAGAAAAAUCAGCUUCAGCCUUAGUCCUGUGGUCCGGUUUGACACAGAAGGCCAUUUGUUUGCCACGCCUUCCUCUGAAACCAGCUCAGAUAUGAUCUGGACUCUUUCUGCCGCCAUCUACGAGGAUUGUUUCUUCGACCUCGUCUCACAAGGGUUACCUGCAGACUCGUGCCACCUGCAGACUCUGGAAGUGGCACAGUACCUCCACCAGAGGCAGACGGUGCUCUCAGGCUGGAGUCCCAUGCGGAGUUCGCAUUUUAAAGCUGCGCUCAUGCACCUGCUGUUGACCACAGCGCCGCCCCAGUGGAGGCAGGACAAGAUGGCUGACAGGUUAAGGGACUUGCUGGCCUUCAUGGAGAGAAGCCUCAGGAAGAAGCUGCUGUGGAAUGUUCUCAUUGGAGACCCAAUGAGCCAAAAGGUCAUUGAACUUCCUGCUGCAGUCACUCAAGCUAAGCCAGUGAAUAUCUUCCACCCCCUAGUGGUGGAUGACUGCAUCCACACAAUUGCAGAAAGACAUUUCCGUGAGAUCUUAAGAAAUGCCAACAUGCUGAUCAAUGAUUACAUCUGCCAUUAUAACGCAACCCUGUUGGAAUAAGCAGCAUGAGGGUGAUUUCUGUCCCAGCAAUAAAGAUUUUCAGGACAGACAAUAGAAAGAAUAACUUUAAUUAAAAUUACAGUCAAUCCACAUCUUUAAUAUAAACUUCAUGCUUUGUUGGUCUAACUGCGCAAGACUUUGGCGACGUCAGGAUCCUUUGAGCCGAGAGCAGGUUUCAGAGGGUCCGACGUCACACGUUUGUCCUUGAAGGCAACUUUCCAAGAAGGACUGGAGACAGUUUCCCUGGAAGCUG